ACCCCACUCGCAGCCUUUGCCUUUGCCUCUUCAGGUCUUCCUCCUGGCUCCCUUGAAGCUGCCACGCGGGACCACCCUGUGCCCAAGACCCCCCUCCACGUGGCACCCCUCCCCCCGUCGUAGUGGGAGUCCCUGGAAGGCAGCCAGCGCCCUGCUCCCCCCAAGGGCUUCUUCCCGAAUUGUUGACUGACUGACUUGACCAACGCAGGAGUAGGGAGUUGCUGGGGGUGGAACCAGGAUCCAGCCCUUCCCCAAGAUAGUAGCCUGGAGGAGAAGGAAGGAGAGACUUCUGGAGUCCUGGCUGCCAGGUUUCAGGGAUUCCCGUUUCUAAGCCAGAUUUGCUCCUUCUGUUGAAGAGAGAAGAUGUAUGGAAUCUAGAGGGAGAAGUUUGUAUAGGCAUUUGUCCAGAUUCCAUUAUUAAAGAGACAUGGAUUAAAACCAAGGAUUCAAAUCUGAAGCAAGUCAUCUGUUUGGAAGCCUUAUCUCAUCAAAAACUGGGAAAAAAUAUAGUUUGACAUUCCAAGAUUGUAAGGCUCAGCACCAGGGUCAGCCAGCCCUGUGUGACCUUACAUGGGGUAAUGAAAAGUGAAGAGUAACGAAUGGACACUAUAUGAAAAUGCAUAGCGACAAAGUUUAUUGGAUUUACACAAAGCAUAUAAAGGAAAAAACCACAGAAUGUAUGACUUUACAGCCCAGCACCAGCAGGAACCAAUAAUUGGGCAGAUUCAUAGGAAUUCAUGACAUUACCUGCCAGGCACAAGGAAGAACCGAGAGGAUUCCAAACAAAGGCAGAGAAACAAGUUUCCCACAGUCUCUCACAAUUUCUCACAAACCUUAUCAAUCCCCCCUCUGCUGACUAUUCCAACCGUGCAGUUUCCCACUCACAAACUUUAUCAAUCCUCCCUCUGCUGACUACUCCAACCUUGAGCAUGCAGCUGGGCAGGUCGUACAUAGUUCAACCCACGACCUUGACUAUGCAGCCCAAGCAGGGAGAAGAGGAGGCUUUAACCCUUACGGCUCUACCUUUACGGCAAUGCCUCGACUACACAAGAUGAGAGAAUCUGGAACUUGUGAUCAUAAUUUAGAAGAACAAAAUGUCAACCGGGAAAAAACAAUCUAGACAAGUAACAAUAGAUCCCAGGACAUGUUUGAAUAAAGUGGAUGUAUCUCAGUGUAAUGCAUUUAAGAGAAGUUUCAGGCUGAAGUCAGCUUUGGUUACCCCAUGGAGAAGAGCUUUGGGAAAAAGUCUCUGUAAAUAUAAGGGACUUGUAAAGAGCUUCAGGAAUUUUUCUGAUACAUGUGAUACAUUUUUCUUAGAGAAGAACCUCUAUAAGGCUACCACAUGGAAGAAGCCUUUCAGGUACCACACUAAUCUAAUUAAAUUGAAAAGAAUGCAUGCUGGAGAAAAACUACAUGAACACAGAAAAGUCAUUGGCAAAGGAUCAAAUUUUACUCUAUGUCAAAAUAUUCAGAAAGAAGAGACGCAUUAUAUAUGUAAUAAAUGUGAGAAAUGCUUCAUCCAUAGGGAAAGCUCACCUAAACUUGAGAGAAUUCAUAUUAAAAAGAAAUACCUUGCCUAUAAUGAAUGGAGGAAAAACUUUAGUGAGAGAAGACACUUUCUCACCCAUAAAAAAUUUUGUAUUGGAGAAAAAACAUUUUUAUGUAACAAAUGUGGGAAAUGCUUUAUCUGGAGAACAAUUCCUACUAGACAUCAGAAAAUUCAUGUUAGAAAAAAACACUUUACAUGUAAUGAAUGUGGGAAAGCUUUGUUUUCAAAGGAACACCUCAUUAACCAUCAGAUAACUAGAGAGAAAACUUUUGAAUGUAAUGAAUGUAAAAAAUGCUUUAGCCGGGAGGGACAUCUUAUUUACCAUCAGAGAACUCACACUGGAGAGAAACUAUUUACAUGUAAGGAAUGUGGGAAGGCCUUUAGCAGGAAAGAAAACCUUCUUAUCCAUCAAAGAACUCAUACUGGAGAGAAACCAUUUGAAUGUAAUGAAUGUGGGAAAACUUUCAGUGUAAGGCAAAACCUUAUCAGACAUCAGAGAAUUCAUACUAGAGAGAAACAGUUUGAAUGUAAUCUAUGUAGAAACACCUUUAGCAUGAAGAGACAGCUUGUUAACCAUCACAGAAUUCAUACUGGAGAAAAACCAUCUGAAUGUAAUGAAUGUGGAAAAGCCUUUAGCCAGAAGAAAGGGCUUAUUAUACAUCAGAGAACUCAUCCUGGAAAGAAACUAUUUGAAUGUAAUGAAUGUGGGAAAACCUUUAAUUAUAAGAGAAGACUUAAUAUCCAUCAGAGAACUCAUACAGGAGAAAGACCAUUUAAAUGUAAUCAGUGUUGGAAAGCCUUUAGCCAGCAGGAAAAUCUUAUUGCCCAUCAGAGAAUUCAUACUGGAGAGAAACCAUUUUAAUGUAAUGAAUGUGGGAAAGCCUUUAGCUGUAAUGCAAAUCUUACUACCCAUCAGAGAACUCACACUAGAGAGAAACCAUUUGAAUGUAAUGAAUGUGGAAAAGCUUUUAGCCAGAAGGAAAAUCUUAUUAUCCAUCAGAGAAUUCAUACUGGAGAAAAACCAUUUGAAUGUAAUGAAUAUAGGAAAACUUUCAGUAUAAGGCAAAACCUUAUCAGACAUCAGAGAACUCACACUAGAGAGAAACCAUUUGAAUGUAAUGAAUGUGGGAAAACCUUUAGUCAAAAGAGAAGACUCAUUGUCCAUCAGAGAAUUCAUACUGGAGAGAAACCAUUUGAAUGUAAUGAAUGUGGGAAAAUGUUCACUGUAAAGCAAAGCCUUAUAAAACAUCUAAGAACUCAUACUGGAGAGAAACUUUGUUAAUGUAAUGAAUGUGGGAAAACUUUCAGUAUAAGGCAAAACUUUAUCAGACAUCAGAGGACUCACACUAGAGAGAAACAGUUUGAAUGUAAGCUAUGUGGAAAAGCCUUUAGCAAGAAAGGACAGCUUGUUGACCAUCACAGAAUUCAUACUGGAGAGACCACCUGAAUGUAAUGAAUGUGGGAAGCCUUUAGCCAAAAUAACAGAUUUUAUCCAUUAGAGAACUUGAUCUUGUAGGGAAACCAUUAGUCAAUAGUGAGCUUAUUCUUCAAAGAACUUAGUCUGGGGAGAAACCAUUUGAAUGUAAUAAAUGUGGAGAAACAUUCAAUGUAAAACAAAGACUUAUAAAAACAUCAUUGAAGUCACACUGGCAAAAAUCCAUUUGAAUGUAAUGAAUAUGGGGAAAGCUUCCAUUGAUGUGGGAGAUUUUUGAGGUAGAGCCCUGGAGAUACCCUUGUCAAGAAUGGCAAUUCCAAUAAUAAGCUUAAAAAUAAAAAAAGGCAUUAAUUGAAUGUAAGUUGAAUAAUUUGAUUAAAGACUGAGGGAGGGAGGAAUAGGCAGAAUGCUGCCUCCCAGAGUGGGUGAAAUUUGGAAUACUUAAGCCUUCCUAACAAUAGGGCCUAUGUGAGAUGGGAUAAUGGUGGGGUGAUGACAUGUCCUUUAGGACUCUGGACCAGAGAUGGGUCAUAUUGAUUAUGCCCUAUGCCUCAAAGUCAAAAGGGGGUGAAUUGUCCAGUUUAGGGGAUAAUCAGAUAUCUGAGAUAUAAAACAUGUUUAUCAGAAGCAGCAGACUGGGAGGUAUCAAGAACGAAGGGAGAAGCCCAGAGAGGAUACUCCUCUCAGCUCAAAGUCACCUUUCCUCUGCAUUGCAGGAAUGCAAAGGAAAAUGAAUUCUUUAUGUAAUCUCUGACCUGGGACAACUUUGGGGUUUUGGGGUGUCUAGGGGAAGCCUAUAUCUCUAUAUCACCAGUCAGGCUACACUUAACAAAGAAUCCAUACUAGAUAGAAAAACAAUUUGCAUGAAAUAAAUGUGGGAAAGCUUUCAUUUUAAGGGAAUGCCUUGUUGCCCUCCAGAGAACUCAAACUAGAGAGAAACCAUUUGAAUGGAAUGACUAUUACCUGUGAACUUUGGAUUACUCUACCCUACUUAGUCUAACAAAAUCAGGAAUGUCUAUACCCAUAUUUAAGGAUUAAGUAUCUAGGAGGAUGGCCUAGGAUAGACACGUGCUAGCAAAUGACAAAUCAGAAACAGCUGACAGACCCCUAAGUCAAGCUUAAGUUACCAUUGGUACAGGUGAGAUGCAGGAAAGUGAUGUAAAACCUUCUAUAUAUUUCCUGUCACUUCCUCUCUCAGGCCUCUUUUGUGAUGGAGAUGUGACUGGUGGCAGCUUGUUGAGCAUCUCGGCAUCUUGGCAUGGCAGCAGCUAUUGUCCGUCCAGGUAUGAAAUAUCCCAAUGGUGAAAUUUCCAACAUUUAUAAGUCUAAGGAAUUUUGAGGUUUACACCGGUUUAGUGGUGAGUUUCCCUUGAUACCAUACUGGAGGAAGCCUAGUAACCUAGUUCAGGUGAGGCAUCUUCUCUGAGCUCUCUCGGAGUUUAGGCUGAUUUUUCCUCCUUUACCUUCCAAACACUAUCCACUUAGAAGCCUCUAAUCUUCAGAAAACUUAUGGAGGAGGAUUUUGAACUCCCCCUGGCACAGGCCAGGCAGGAGAAAUCCUAUACCCUUUUCCUCUUUCUUUUCUUUGAUCUCUUCCCUCUAUAUUGAUUAAACCACCAUAGAUUUCCAAACUGACUUGGGUAUUUUAUUUGGGAUAU